CACUUUAAAUUUCCCUUGCGGCACGUGGCCGAAUCAAGAUGGCGGCGCCCUGCGCGUUUCAGUGAGGAGUCGCAUCCGGACGUCGAAGUGAGGAGCAGAGUGAUGAUGGCAGAUGUCAGUGGCAGCCCGCCGGCUGACGCACCACCCUCAAAGGAGGAGAAGCCCGGUGACGACCUCCCCGGGGACUCCUGCAAUGAUGAUGUAAAGUCUGAUGUGAACGCUGAAGAUGGGAGCGAGGCCGCCUCCGACCCCAGCAUGUACCGCUACAUCAAGGAGGACCUCUUCACGUCCGAGAUCUACAAAGUGGAGAUCAGGAACCUGCCCAAGUUCGUCGGCUUCAACGACCUGAAGAAGUUCCUGGCCAAGCAGGGCCUCAACCCGCACAAGAUCAAGCUGUUCGGCAAGCACCUGUUCGCCUUUGUCACCUUCAAGAAUGGGGAGGAGCGCGACAAGGCCAUGAAGAUGGUGCACGGCAUGCAGUGGAAGGGCCAGGUGCUGAGCGUCCGGCUUGCCAAACCCAAAGUGGACCCCAUCCUGAAGAAGAGGAAGCAGGAGGAGGAGGAUGGAGAGGGCGCGGGGGGGCAGCCCCCGUCCAAGCGGGCAGAGGCGGAUCAAGAAGAGGAGCCGCUCAGUGUCCAGAUAGCCAACGUGGUGACGCCCCUGUGGAACGUGCCUUAUGAGGAGCAGCUGAGGAGGAAGGAGCAGGAGGUGGUGGGGGUUCUGCAGAGGCUGGCCAAAGAGAUCGGAGACACCAACAAAGCCAUGCUGCCGUGGCUGUUUGCACAGAAAGGGAAAUACAACAGAAUGUGUUGCCCGCUGGAAGCUAUAAAACCAUCUCCUACACAGACGGAUUACAGAAACAAGUGUGAGUUCCUCAUCUCGGUGGGGGCCGACGGCGAGGACAAGACCGUCGGUUUCCGCCUGGGCAAGUACAAAGGAGGCUCGUGCGCGGUGGUGGGGCCGGCCGAGACGCGCCACGUCUCAGUCGAGGCCAAGAGAGUGGUCAGCGAGUUUCAGAAGUUCAUCAGGACAACACCGUACUCUGUGUACAGUCCCGAGACGUAUGAGGGACACUGGAAGCAGCUGACCGUUCGGACGACGAGGACCAAACAAGCCAUGGCCAUGGUGUUCUUCAACCCGCAGCAACUGGAAGAAGACAAACUGGACGCUCUGAAGAGCUCCAUGACGGAGUACUUUACAGAAGGAGAGGGGAAAGCCAGCGGCGUGACCUCCCUGUACUUUGUCAGAGAGGGUCAAAGGAAAUCUCCGAACCCAGAGGACCUGCCCUGUGAGCUGGUGGCAGGAGACACCUGCAUUCAUGAAGAGCUGCUGGGUUUAAAAUUCAGAAUAUCCCCUCAUUCCUUCUUCCAGGUGAACACGGGAGCUGCAGAGGUGCUGUACUCGGCCGUGGGGGAAUGGGCCCAGCUGGACCAGAACAGCACAGUGCUGGACGUGUGCUGUGGGACGGGGACCAUCGGCAUCUCUCUGGCUAAGAGGGUAAAGAAGGUGAUCGGGAUCGAGCUGUGUCAGGAAGCAGUGGAGGAUGCCAAAGUUAACGCGAAGCUCAACGGCCUAAGCAAUGUUGAAUUUCACCGUGGAAAAGCGGAGGACGUGUUCCCCAACAUCCUCGGCGCUCUCGUGUCGCCCAAUGUCACGGCCAUCGUGGACCCACCGAGGGCGGGCCUCCAUUCCAAGGUGAUACUUGCCAUCAGGAGAGCAGAGCACCUGAAGAGGCUGGUGUACGUGGCGUGCAAUGCAAAGGCGGCCAUGAACAACUUCAUUGAUCUGUGCAGAGCGCCGUCCAACAGAGUUCGCGGAGCCCCGUUCCGCCCGGUGCGAGCCAUGGCCGUGGACCUGUUCCCUCAGACCAUGCACGUCGAGAUGCUCCUGCUGCUGGAGAGAGUGGACUACGACGCCCAGAAGCAGCAGCAGCAGCAGCAGCCGACGACGACUAGCAGCAAUCAGGAAGAGACCGCUUCUUAAGAGUAGAAACAAACCUUGUACAGUUACAAAGGUAGCAUGGGCUUUCAACAACUAGAAAUGUAUUUCUGCUCUCAGUUCUUCAACGCACCUUUAUAAUCCUUCAAAGCCAAUUUGAAGAUUAGCUUCUGUCAUUUGUUGAAAUUUCUGCGCAAGUCUUCUCAUGUCAUAAUUCAGAAUUAAUUUGUGUUUCAGAUAAACUCUGAGUUUACUGACGGAAAGAUUAUACCGUACUUGCUUCACGGACUGUCUCUUUACCUGAUUUGUAUUUUGAGAAUUUUAGUUGGCCGUCUUAAAACCAUUAAGUUAGUUUUGAAAUUAAAGUUGUUUUUUUAACUCUGUUACAACUCUUAUCCAGGACUCUGCGCAGCACGGAGCCGGUUCUGUGGAAUAAACGGCUUUACCUUUA